AUGGAUGAAACGCAGUCAAUUUCCAUGUCUAGUACGCUGGGUAGGCGCCGCGAUGAUGCUGCGAUGUACCUCGACGGCCAUGAACAUGAGAUUUCAGAUUUGAAUCUGGCAGGUAUUCGGCGCAAAAUUGAUCGGCAGUUGCUGCCUUGUAUGUUCUGCAUUUAUGUUUUGCAGUUUCUUGACAAAGUGAUGCUCAACUAUGCCGCUGUUAUGGGAUUGAAAAAGGAUCUCAAUCUUGUGGGAAAUGACUUUUCCAACAUUGCUACCUGGUUUUUCAUAGCCUAUCUGAUAGCAGAGGUCCCCAACGUAUACUUUCUACAGAAGGUACCACCUGCCAGAUGGCUUGGGGUUAAUGUUUUCCUCUGGGGAACUGCUGCCGCUGCUUCAGCUGGCGCCACAAACUAUCACACCCUCCUGACAGCCCGUGUGUUUCUCGGUAUAUUUGAAGCAACAGUCGGCCCAUCUUUAAUGCUCAUAAGCAGUCAAUACUAUACUCGAAGCGAGCAAGCUCCUCGGUUCACGAUUUGGUAUAUGGGCUUGGGCAUUGCACAGAUCCUUGGAGGAAUCAUCUCGUUCGCUUUUCAACACGUUGGCCAUGCGGCCUUGGAUGGAUGGCGGAUUAUGUUCCUUGUUCUGGGUCUCAUCACAGCAUUUGUGGGAACGUUGGCAUUCUUCUUUAUCCCAGAUACACCGAUGAAAGCAUCUUGGCUGUCUGAUGAUGAGAAGAUCGCUCUCUUGCAGCACGUCAGUGAAAACCAGACAGGCAUUUGGAGCUCAUCUCUGAAGAUCAAACAGAUCUGGGAGGCUCUAUUUGACAUUCAACUCUGGCUACUUACCAUUACAACUAUUCUAAUCUCUAUAUCGAGUGGCGUGAUAACCACUUAUUCAGCCACACUAAUCUCAGGAUUCGGAUUCUCAGGCCCGAUCUCCGCCCUUUUGAACACACCAUCUGGCAUCGUCAGCAUCUUUUUUACUCUGCUUGUGGGAUUCGGUAUCCGCAAGUUUUCACAACGUUGGGCCUGGCUCAUCCUUUGCACAAUUCCAGGAAUCAUCGGCGGAGGACUAAUGUCCUUCUUACCCAAAUCCAACACCGCUGGUGUGCUGAUUGGAGUGUAUCUGGUUAACUCCAUUGUCGCCACUCUUCCCAUUCUCUAUCAAUGGACAAUGGCUAACUGUGCUGGUCACACGAAGCGUGCAUUUGCCAGCGCUCUCGUUGCCGGGUCCUUCUCCGUGGGCAAUAUCAUCGGGCCUCAGACUUUCCAAACACAUGAUGCACCAGCGUAUCGACCAGCCAAAAUAGCCGUUCUAGCAACACAGCUUGCUAGUGCAGUUUUAUCAGCUGUCUUAUUCUGUUACUACCGGUGGGAGAAUCGUCGUCGAGAUCAGAAAUACGGAUCUGUCAUGUAUAUAGCAGAUGGAGUGAAAUGGGCAGGUCUUAGCGAUCGAGAGAAUUCUUCUUUUCGUUAUGCAUAUUGA